GAGCGGUUUGGAGCAAAGGUCGUCGGUUUUCUGCUGCGGUUGCGCGCAAACGCAACAGGUUGGCAGCAAACAAGGAAGAAGAAAUGAAUUUCCUUCUGGAGUCGCUUCUCACACCGUUCCUGUCGCUGUAUUACAUUCUGGAAGCUCUGGUGCUGCUGGUAGUGCCGGUGCGGAGGAAGAAUGUGAGCGGGGAGAUAAUGCUGGUGACCGGGGCUGGCAGCGGCAUCGGACGGCUCGUGGCGCUCGAGUUCGCCCGUCGACACGCCACGCUCGUGCUCUGGGACAUCAAUGAGGAAGGCAACAAGGAGACUGCCCGGCAGGCCCAAGAGAGCGGAGCUUCCCGGGUCUACACCUACACGUGUGAUUGCAGCAAGAGGACUUCUGUCUAUGAAGUAGCGGACAAGGUGAAAAGAGAGGUUGGAGAUGUCAGCAUUCUGAUAAACAACGCAGGUAUUGUCACAGGAAAGAACUUCAUUGAUUCACCAGAUACCAUGCUGGAGAAAACCAUGGAAGUGAACAGUCUUGCACAUUUUUGGACCUAUAAAGCCUUCCUGCCUGCAAUGAUUGCCAGCAACCAUGGCCAUCUGGUUAGUAUUGCCAGUUCAGCAGGACUGUUUCCAGUCAAUGGAUUGGCAGAUUAUUGUUCAAGCAAGUUUGCAGCAGUUGGCUUUGCUGAGUCUGUUGCACUAGAAUUGCUUGUUGCAGGGAAAAAUGGUGUCAAGACUACCAUCGUUUGCCCAUUCUUUGUACGCACCGGCAUGUUUGAUGGCUGUAAAACCAAGUGGCCACAUCUUCUUCCCGCUUUAGAUCCAAAUUAUGUUGCCAAAAAGAUUAUGGAUGCCAUUUUACGGGAACAAAUUCUUCUUAUAAUGCCACGAAGCAUGUAUUUUCAGUUUGCUGUGAAAAAUUUGCUUCCUACGAAACUUGGAAUUCUUCUUCGAAACUAUUUCGGUGUUUUCGGUAUCAUGGAAAACUUCAGGGGCCGAGUUAAAAAGGAUUAA